AAUAACUGCUUCUAUUUCUGUAAUGAUGAAUAAGAACUUACCACAUGAUCUUGUUCUCUAUGCAUUCAAUCUUGUUGAUUUGUCAUAAAUGUAAACAUCAUAUUUUGCCUUGAACAUACUUAAAAUUUCAUGUUUUAUGAUUGUUGUACCACUUGCACAGUAUUUCAUUGAAAGACAUCCACGAUUUACAAUACAAAAUUCAGCGACUGUCUCAGCAAUUUGACCACGAAGAACCACUCUUCAAAUCUUUAUUGUGCUAAAAGAUAUCAGUGUGUUUGUUAAGAUUGCAUAACUUUAUAUAAGAAUGGCAGAUCAAAGAACUGGCUCAAAAAUGAGACCAGCUGGAGAAAAUUUACAGCUGAUUACAGAGAAUGAGAUGACCCGGCCGAUAGUCCUAAAGUACCUCAAAGCAUGCGCACAAGUGAAGCCAUCAUGCAUCACUUUGGAUGAGCUAAUCGAGUACAGCGAUGAAUUCCCUAUACAGUUCCCAAUCGAAACUAUCCGAAGUGCUAGUCUCCUAAAUGAAGACGACGUUGAGCCGACAAUUUUAGACAGAUUUGCCAGGUCUGCAUACCCAAUACUGCACGAAUCAGUGCUCCCGCUUUACAUCAACUUUCUGCAGUACAAGAUGAUGUACGGCACUCGGCAGGAAAAGAGGGAGUACUGUAAGGUGGGCAUCGUGGAACUGGUCGAUCGUUUGCUCCGGAAGCGGGCGGUGGUGUUCUUAGGGCCGGACGACUACUACGUCCUGCUCAACGGCAUGCGGGGUCGUGGAAGCUGGGACGACGUGGGAAGAACGCGAUCGAGAUGCGGCCUCAAAUUAAGGGACUGUUUGAGCUAUGACGAGAUGAAGCUCUCUGCGCUCCUGUCGGUUUCGUCGUACAGUUACUUCAUAAACGAUGGCAGCAGAAACAACAUGGGCAUUCCGGCCAUAAACACGUACAACAUCGAGAGGAUGGGGGUCGUGAUGGGCUUGAUCGGAGCGAGGUUCGAGCGGCCAGGGAAGAUGGAGUGGGAAGAAGUGAUGGUCACAGAAGAGCAAAACACCGAAGAGAAUGGUUACGGUCCACUGGAGACCGCAAAAAUUCCAGAAUGUUUUUGGCGCCAGUUGUGGUGUCAAUUUUACGAUUUGGGGCCACACCUUCCGCUGUACACAGAAGUGGAGCAAGAUGUACGCCACGACACCGAGCGUCGCUACGAACCACUAGACGGUCAUUUUUUCGACAACACGGCGUACGCCAAUCGCUUGGCCGUUUCUUUCGAAACACUCCUGCUGGACAGCGAGCACCGAGCGUACAUCGCCGGCCGGCCCGCCUACAUACACGUGGUCGGGAUCGGCAUGGGCGAGUGGAAGAUCUCGCAACACCAGGAAACAAUCUACCUGGAUGCUUUCGGCUACGCACUGAGAAGGCUGCUGCCCCUCCUGCAGCACGUCGCAGACGUGGACUUCGCGUGGUUCAGGGAGAGAACUUGUUACGGCGUGCCGGACGGCGGCUCCUUCGCUUGCCGCGAGCCGCCGAGACGCGUGGACGUCCACUUCUCCAGGAGGAACCCUCACGACAAGCUGGCGGGCCCGCACGCCGACAAGCUGCUGGUGGUGUCGUACGCGUGGGACGGCAACGCCCUCCCGGGGAACGAGUUCUGGAUGGGGUCGUUGACGGCCUCCGGAGACCCCGCCCAGGCCUGCUCCAGCCAGAUCGCAGAGCUGCACAACCCGCACAUCAACAGGAGCCAGGUGUGUGGCAGCAACCUGCGCAUCGCGACCACGCGGUGGGGGGUGGUGCACGUGGCGCAGUACGCACGCUGGAAGCUCGACGUGUCGUGAUCGCACUCGCAGUCACGCUUCCGCGAGUGUCGCUCGGUAGAGUCAAGUUCAGACAAGUUAGUUUUACAUUCGUAAGCAUGUAUAACCCUUUACCGCGCAAGAGAAAAUUCAGAAAACUGCUCAAAAAACACUACAUAAGAAGUAAGGAAAUAAUAAGUAAUGUAAUCUGUGCAUACAUGUCUCCUAGUUAAUAAUAGUUAUUUUAUACCGUUUUAAAUGUACUCUACGUAGCAAAUCAGGAUAUUGGAAAUGCUGCCAUUGAGCUUACACUUGAAUAAAGUGCAUUUUAAUGUAAUAUUUUUUUUUUUACCUGUUGUGAUUAUCAUGAAUGAAAUUAAAAUCAAAUCAUAAAAUUCAAAGCAUCCAGCACCAAAUUAUAAACAUCAUAUAAUUCACACACACAGUAGUUUGGACUUUGUUGCAGAAUAUUCAAGGGAUGUUCAAUAAAGUUUUUUUAAAAAAUGAUAUUUAUCCAUGGUUAAUGAACUAUUGAUAAACUUUUAAGUGUAUGUGAAAUAAAAUGUCUAAAAUAAGUUAACAUUUCCUGGCACCAAUUAUAAGUAGUGCUUUGUAAUGUAGUACCAUUAUGUAAUCAUGCAAAAUAAAAUAGCAUCAAUAAAAGUUGUUUCAUUA